AUUUAUUUUUUAUGAAAGCCCUGCUCAGCUCUGGCUGAUGGUGGCGCUGGAAAUUCAACAUGGGACCUUGGAGCCUCAGACAUGAGAGUCACUUUUCAGAACCAUAAUGCUACCCCCUUUUAAAUAUAUAUAUAUAUUAUUAUUGGAUGCAGACAGAGGGAAAUUGAGAAGGGAGGGGGAGACAGAGAGGGAGAAAUACAGAGAGACACCGGCAGCCCUGCCUCACCACUCCCGAAGCUUUCCCCCUGCAGAAUGGGAACUGCCACUUAACGAGGAGUCCACUGCUCAGCAGAAGACUUUCGGGCUGGAAGCACCUCACAGAGUCGAAAAAGGAGAAAUCCAACAUGACUUUGAGCAGUGUGGAAAAGAGGUCAGUGAACAUUGGCCUGUCCAGACAAACAGAACGCCUGGAGACAGCAGUAUCUCCGAGGAUAAUCAGUGUAGUAAAGAUGCCCUCACUCUCCAGAAGAACUCCUCCCCUGGGAAAGCCUUCUACGAGUCUGUUAAACAUACCAAAACAUCCACUGAAAACACAGCCCAGUUUUCUAAAGAACGCUCCUCUUACCUUCACCUCCAGAACCCAAUUCACACUGCAGUCAAACCAUCCAGAUGUAAGGAAUCAGAAGGGAGCUUCAAGGAUUCUAUACAUCUGAAUGGGGACACACAAACCCACACCAGAGACAAGCCCUGCCAGUCUCAGGAAUGUGGGAAGGCUGUCUGUCCAUCCCCAGACCUUGCUGACCGUAAAACAUGUCGCACCGGAGAGAAGACUUUUAACUGUGGGAAAUGUCUGAAGGCCUUUGGCACGUCCUCAAAACUGAUACGGCAUUUCAGGACUCACAGUGGCGAGAAACCUUUCAAGUGUGACAGGUGUCAGAAGAGCUUUGGCAGUUACUCCAACCUCACCAUCCACUACAGAACCCACACUGGAGAGAAGCCCUUUGAAUGUGACGUCUGCGGCAAGACAUUUACCACGUCUUCCUACUUCAUCGUCCACAAGAGGAUUCACACUGGCGAAAAGCCCUACAAGUGCAAGGACUGUGGGAAAGCCUUCGUCCGUCUGGCGCAUCUGAAAAACCACAUUCGAACCCACAGCGGAGAGAGACCCUAUGCCUGCCAGAAAUGCGGGAAGACGUUUACCACCUCUUCGUAUUUCGUGGUCCAUAAGCGGAUUCACACCGGAGAGAGACCCUAUCGAUGUAAGAAGUGUGGGAAAGGCUUCAUCCAUUCUGCUCACUACAACGAUCACUUGCGAACCCACAGCGGAGAGAAACACUUUGAGUGUAAAGAGUGUGGCCGAGCCUUUGCUCAGGCCUCGGGUCUCAGCUACCAUGUGCUCAAGGUUCACACCGGAGAGAAGCCUUUUGAGUGUGAGGCAUGCGGGAGAGCCUUUUCCACGUCUUCGCUCCUUACGAAGCACUUCCUCUCUCACACCGGAGAGAAACCCUUUGAGUGUGACGUCUGCGGGAAAGCGUUCACCACUUCUUCCUACUUUAACAUCCACCAGCGUAUUCACACUGGGGAGAAACCAUACCAGUGUAGGGAAUGCGGGAAAGGCUUCACUCAGUCCACGGGCCUCACCUACCACCUGAGAACUCAUAGUGGAGAAAAACCUUUUCAGUGUGAGAAGUGUGGCAAAGCCUUCUUAACAUCUUCAAAUCUGAGUAGACAUUUCAAAUCUCACACUUGAAAAUUCUUAGUUCGAGACGUGGGACAACUGUUGGCUUCUUUCUUUUCUUUUUUUUUUUCUUCUCCCCCAGCAUUGUGAAAAACCCUGGGCAUAAAAAUAACAUAAUUGGGAGUCGGGCUAUAAUGCAGCAGGUUAAGCGCACGUGACGCAAAGUACAAGGACCGGCGUAAGGAUCCCAGUUCAAGCCCCCCCCACCCCCGGCUCCCCA